CUGGGGUACUCUGCUCCUUCAGCAUGUGUUAUCAGUGAAAAUGGCGAGCUGGUGUGUACGAGCUGUAAAACAGAGUUACUCUGUUGUAGCAUCUCCUUCAAUAAUAAGGGCAUCCCCACGGCUCCUAUGCACAGCAGCCCAGCAGAAAAGCGUCCAGGGGUCGGAGGAGGACCAGAAUGCUGAGCAGAGCGCAGCAGAGAAGGUCCUUGCUGAGGAGAAGGGCCAGCUGGAGGAGCAGCUCAAAGAGGUCACGGACAAGUACAAGCGGGCCCUGGCAGACACGGAGAACCUGAGGACGAGGAGUCAAAAGAUGGUGGAAGACUCAAAGUUGUAUGGAAUCCAAGGGUUCUGCAAAGACCUGCUGGAGGUGGCGGACAUCUUGGAGAAGGCGACGGAAAGCGUGCCCAGUGAGGAGGUGUCCUCUCAGAAGAACCCCCACCUGAAGAACCUGUACGACGGCCUGGUGAUGACAGAUAAACAGAUCCAGAAGGUGUUCACCAAGCACGGCCUGGUCAAGCUCAACCCAGACGGAGGGCAGAAGUUCGACCCCUAUGAGCACGAGGCUCUAUUUCACGCCCCUGUGGAGGGUAAAGAGCCCGGCACGGUCGCCGUAGUAACCAAGGUGGGCUACAAACUCCACGGGCGCACCCUCCGGCCGGCAUUGGUGGGCGUGGCCAAAGCCCCUUGAUUUAAAAAAGAUUCAGUAUGACCGUGAUGUAAUUGUUGUUGCCUGGGUGACGGAUCACCUUGGCUACUGCAGGCUGGUCAAAGCGCCCCACCCAACUCCCCAACCACCUAACGUUGCCUCAGAGGCGGGAAUCCAACUUGAACUAAUAUUAUUACCAUGGACUACAUCACAGCCUAUUUUGACUUUGCAUACCGAUUCUCCACCCUUUUUCCGAAGUGUGCACUUGCUCACUCCCUGUCAUGGAUUAAAAAGCAUUGGAUUGGCUGGAGGGAGUUUACGGCAUUGUUAAAUCCAUGAUAGGAAGUAUGCAAGUGCAUUCUUUGGGGGAAGGAUGUAGAAUUGGGACACAGCCCAUGUAUCUGCCAGGCACAAUUAUGUUUUAGCAGAAGCAACACUUGUGAUGGCACGUAUAGCACAGAACCAGUUUGACAAGUCAUUUCAGUCAUCAGGAUCAGAUUCCAGUCCAUUCUUUGUCCAGUCAUUGUAAUUGUUAUGGAUGGGAGAAUGUAAUGUACCUCAUGAUUAUAUACCAAACUGCUGUCAUUGUUUUCAUUGGACAAACAGUACUUUCAAUGAAUUUAAUUGGAAUAUAUAUAUUUUCCCCUGUAAGUAAUGCUGUCUUUGGCACAACUUAGCCCUGUAUAUUGCCGUGUUUGUAUAGCUUCCAGUGACAGCUUAACAUGUAGUCCAGGCCUCUCCAACCCUGUUCCUGGAGAGCUGCUGUCUGUAGGUUUUUGCUCCAACCUCAGUUGUAACUAACCUGACUCACCUCACCAACCAGCUAAUUGUUAUAAUCAGGUGCGCUAGAUUAGGGUUGGAGUGAAAACCUACAGGUCGGUAGCUCUCCAGGAACAGGGUUGGAGAGCCCUGAUGUAGUCUAUGCUUCAUUUUGAGAAAUAGUCUGUACAGUUUUAAGUGAAUGGAGGUGAAAUAUGCAAUAUUACACAAUACAUUAAUGCUGUAUGUAUGUAAAAUACUUCAGAGGCAACCACAGACGUAUUGUUCAGGUGCUGCACUAAGGUAGGAGCCGGCCGGAGUAUGGUUGUCAAAAUGAAAAUACGCUCAGGUGAAAUCUAAAGAUUCACCGGAGAUAUGCAAUCAUGCUGUUGAGGCUCUAAUGUAGUCAUUCCAGACUUCAUGACAGCACAACACUGUAUCUCGCUGCUAUGGCAGAUGUCACCCUAGUGGUGUGGGACAUAGACAGUAUAAUGACGUUAAUUAGUCUUAACUACUUAGACUGGAUAGUCUGUGUGYCUGUAGCAGCUUCCGAGUCCCAAACAACCGGAUGUUCUCGGUUUUCAGGGGAAGUGGAAAGCGAGCCCUGUUACACGUUAACAGAGACGGUACAGUAUGUUUAGAAAAACACUGUGUUAACCAGGAGACACUCUGUAACUCCUCCUCCACAUUUACUGGAUUGGUUGAACAGUGCAGAAGAGAACCGCCCAACAGUUUGUUUUUCUUCUCGUCUAGAUCCUCUACAUACGGGUCUUGUUUCAUGCGUUGCUUUCACGACUGCUAUGUUAGAUUUAGUGUGCCUGUGGACAGUUGUCCUGUUCAGUGCCACAGCAGCGUCUAAUAAACAGAUUCACUUGGACUCGCAUGUCCACUGA